AUGCUGCGUGCAGGUGCGAAUGUUAAUCUUCGAUUGUCGAAUCGGGCACAGUCGACAGCUCUUCUGGAGGCUGUCAAUAACAAGCAUAACAGUGUUGUACAAACCCUGUUAGAGAAUGGGGCUUUACCAGAUGUGGCCGACGCCCGAUCAAGAAGACCCUUGGUUGUGGCGACAAAUGGUCGUAGCGACGUGGCGAUCACCAAGUUGCUCUUGGAACACGGUGCCAUGGCCGAUUCCGUUGUAUUUGACAAGCACGCUCCAUUGCUGGAGGCAGUCCGGUCAAACCAGGAGUCCAAAGUGGUAUUGCUUUUGAAGCAUGGGGCUGAUACACACAUCUUGGACCGUCGAACUGGGAUGAGCCUCGUGCACAUCGCGGCUUCUAAGAACGCUACUCCCGGAAUUAUAAAGAUUCUCAUAGACUCUGAACGCCACUUCAAACAGCAGUUGGUCAUUCAUGCACACGUACUUACUGGAAAGGGUGGAGCGCACUUUUCUACGCUGCAACAAAUCCCAGCAUUCCUGGGAAUGGCAGAAAAAGCAUCAUUCGAACACUAUUUCUACAUGGGGCUGAGCUCGAUGCUAGAAUCACGCUCAGAAGACCCCUGGUUCCGGCGUUGGAACAACUAA